CUUCUGAAGCCCCGUCGGUUCAGGAUGGGAAACCACGCAGGCAAGCGGGAGCUGAGUGCUGAGAAGGGCAGUAAGGAUGGUGACGCCAGCAGAGGAGAGUCUGAGAAAAAGAGGACCCUUCGCGAAUUUUCCCGGGAGGCCUCGGAAGACAGUGACGUGUUUGGAGAGGCAGAUGUGGAGCAGAACAAUGAGACCCCCUCUCAGGACACAGCGGUGACAGACUCCAAGCGCACAGCGGACCCGAAGAAUGCCUGGCCAGACGCCAGCCCAGCUGACCCCGGGGGCCGCCCCCACUUGAUCCGCCUCUUCUCCCGAGAUGCCCCGGGCAGGGAGGACAACACCUUCAAAGACAGGCCCUCGGAGUCAGACGAACUCCAGACCAUCCAAGAAGACAGUGCAGCCGCUCCCGAGGGCCUGGAUGUGAUGGCGUCACAGAAAAGACCCUCCCAGCGGCACGGAUCCAAGUACCUGGCCUCCGCCAGCGCCAUGGACCACGCGCGGCACGGCUUCCUCCCUCGGCACAGAGACACCGGCUUCCUGGACUCCCUCGGGCGCUUCUUUGGAGGUGACAGGGGUGUGCCCAAGCGGGGCUCAGGCAAGGUACCCUGGCUCAAGCAGAGCAGGAACCCUCUCUCCCCUCAUGCCCGCAGCCAGCCCGGGCUGUGCAACAUGUACAAGGAUGCACACCAUGCGGCAAGAACCACCCACUACGGCUCCCUGCCCCAGAAGUCCCAGCAUGGCCGGCCGCAGGACGAGAACCCUGUAGUCCACUUCUUCAAGAACAUUGUGACACCUCGCACACCUCCUCCGUCGCAAGGAAAGGGGCGAGGAUUGUCCCUGAGCAGAUUUAGCUGGGUAGGUGACAAACGCCUGUUCACGUGGCUUCCCCCCUCUCUGGCCCUCUGGCCCCCCAACCUCCUCUCCCGCCAAGCCUGGCUUUCCCGCAGCUGCCUGCCGCUUUCUCCUCCAGGGAAAAAGAGGGGUGCCACGUGCCAGGUCCUCCCUUCCGGCCUCCUUGCCCCGCUUCUCCCCUGCCCCCCAGCAGCACCCCUGCCCAAGGGCUCCCCAGCCGGACUAUGUUUGAGGAAACCCCCAAUUUCCUCCCUACACAUGUGGGCCUGGGGCUGACUGACCCCCGACAUGGCCAGCGCCACCGCCAGAGGGUGACUUUUUGUUGAGGACGACGAUGAGCUGAGAGGAGAAGGCGCUCGCACCGCUCAUUCGGCUCAUGGCGGCCUAACCAACGCAGAAGCGUUGGGCUUGGUUCCCGUGUUAGUGGUAACGGAAGCUUCGCCAGCCCGCCAUCCGGGAAAACCUUAGGAAUUUCAGGCUUUUGAAUCCUGAGAACAAAGUUUUCAUGAAGAUUUAAGAAGGCACUUUGUUCCCUUUCUAGGUAUGAGUGGAAUUUGGUGUCUGAGCCAGCUUAAAAGGCCUACCAGUGUAUUCUAAUCAAACUUACAGACCUCAGUUACUAGCAAGUAUUAGCUACGGCU